AUGCUGAUGUUGUUUGUCGUAGUCUCAUCGACGGCCGAUGACUUCUUCUCGCCGAGUGUUUCGUCGAUUGUGGCACACUUGAAAAUCAGUGAGAGCAUUGCAUGGAUUAACCCAAGGGGUGUGACUUUCAUGGCAUUCGGCAAUGGAGCCCCGGAUAUUUUCGGCUCAAUCGCGUCCGUUCUGAGCAGUCCAAAACCUAAAGCAGGACUGGCCCUUGGAGAACUUCUUGGCUACCUUGGCCUAUAUGCUGUUUAUAUAAUCACCGUUAUUGUUGGCCAUCGUCUUCACAAGCGGAGACGAAAACAGCAACGGGAGAACAGCCUCAAGAAGAGCUUGAGCAAUAUUAUGUCCAGGCAUGGAACGACUAGCUGUGAAGCGCCGAUGACUCCGAUGAUGAUGGACAGAAGGGAGGUGACGUCUCUGUAG